AUGAGUGCCACAAUAGAAGACGACGAAAACCCGCCUCUUCAAAAUUCAAAACUAUUCGGGCUUUUCAAGGUUAGCUUAAUGUCCAUCUUUCCAAUUAAUUAAUUAUCGAAGCACUUCAGAAUCCGGAUCCUGGUUUCACACAGACAGGUAUCUCGAUGUUCACCAACUUUGUGCUCACCAACAUGUUCGUCUACGGAGUGACCGGACGGGCGAAACUCGCAUACGUUCUCAGUAUGGUAUCCAUUCCCUGUUCUGUUGUUCUCAGUGUUCGGUUAGUUUAUCUUGAUUCAUACAAAAUACGAAAUUAUUCUUUGCAGAGACUCCCAGAAAGAUUACGAGAAGUGGAAGGAGAUGCGGUUAUUAAGGUUGAAAGGCGUCCCGGAACGGUUUAUGCCAUACAAAUGCAAAUACGAUUGGGCGGACUACGAUCUCCGAAAGUUGCGGGAGAACAAGUGA